AUGCCUCUGUCAAUGCUUCUUAAUUCAGAGAGACCUUCAUUGCCUGGCAGCAGCAGAGCAGGAAGUGGGCCAGGGUUGGGUGAGAGGGAUAACUUGGGCACCGCGGACCCAAUUGCCGCUGCCAGUGCUUGUGUGGAGGAAGGUUUGGAUGCUCUCAAGUCAGCUGGGGCCCUCCACAAGAGAAAUAGAAUGAGUAUAGCGGAACUGGUAAACAAUCCACUGGAGACCACUCACAUUAAUGAUGUCUCUGACAAUGACAUCUUUGAUGCCGUGUCCGAGGCAUGGGAACAUGGGGACAAGGAUUUGGCAGGGGCCCACGAUGCUGAUGAUUCCGGUGAUGAUACGCCAGUUGUCUCACAUCAGGAGGCUCUUCAGGCAGCGCUUUUGCUAAUGACUUACACCAAACAAAUACAUUCCUCGUUUGCGCGGAAGAUGGAAGUCAUUUUAGCUCCGGUCUGGUUGCGGCACACCAAACCUUGGCCACUCCCAUCCCGGAACCUGGGUCCCGAGUCGGAACAUUCGGAGAUCCCGGAUUUGCUCCGAUAUCCUGACGGACCUCCGACAUCCCGUGACAUGCCCUUAAACCAUUCCUCCACCCACUUCAUUUAUUGGAGUCACCCAACAUCCUUCGGAUACGCAACUCCGCUUUCGGAGCUACCCGCAUCCUUCGGUGAUCUCCCUCACGUUAUCACUUAUUAG